AUAGAGUACAUUUGGGGGGAUAUUUGUCAGUGAGAAGAUCACAACACCCAAUGAAAACUCUUUUCUCUCUUUUUCCCUCUGCUUCUUCUCCACACUCUUCCCAACAUAUUAACAUUCAUUAACACACUGACACACACCACUCUCAGGUGCCGAUCCUUUCCUUUUCUUCCUCAAACCCCACCACUUUCCCUCGCCCAAAUGCAGGAGAUACAACACUCCAUCGGAGGCGCCGGAGGAACCAGAUUCUUCGGCGGCGGAGGUGGUGAUCGGCGUCUCAGACCCAACCAAAACAACAAUAACCUCAACCAAGAAGUUAUGAAAUGUCCUCGCUGUGACUCCAUCAACACCAAAUUCUGUUACUACAAUAACUACAACCUCUCCCAGCCUCGUCACUUCUGCAAAAACUGCCGACGUUACUGGACUAAAGGCGGUGUUCUCCGUAACGUCCCCGUCGGUGGUGGUUGCCGGAAAUCCAAACGCUCAAGCAAACCAAAAAAAUCUUCCUCCUCAGAUUCCACUGUUUUACCGACAACUCCACCUGAAGCGCCGGAGAAUAAGUCUAACUCCCAUUCCAGCAGUGAGAGUUCCAGCCUCACCGCCGCUGCGGUGACUGAAACGGUUUCAGAACCACCGCCGGAGAAGAAAAUCAACAGAGGUUUUGAGAAUGAUUCACUGGAACAAGGAACAGGUGAUUGUGGUAUAUUCUCAGAGAUCGCAACUUUCACAAGCUUGAUCACUUCCUCUAACGAGACAUUGCCGUUUGGAUUUGGUAUCGGUAACGAUAACCGUAACGGUAAUGUUAACGUUAACGGUUUUAAUGAUGCGUCGUCGUUUCAGUGGCAAAACCAAAAGCUGAUGAGCGUUACCGGCGAUCAAAAACAUCAUGAAGAAGACGCAUUGAAGUUGUUACCGGAGAAUAUAGGUGGUGGUGCUGGUGGAGGUGGUUCUUCUGGUUCUGGAUCGUUGAUGGACCAUGGUAUUGAUUUCUCUUUGCUGCAGAGUAAAACAAGCAACGGUGGAUUUGGAUCGUUGGAUUGGAAUGGUGAUGGUAGUGCUGAUCAUCAAGGUUUGUUUGAUCUUCCUAACACCGUUGAUCAUGGUUACUGGAAUCACACUCAAUGGUCUGAUCAGGAUCAUUCUUCUCUCUUUCAUCUUCCAUGAUAUAGUUACUAUUAAGGCUCAAAUCAACUUUUUUUUUAUUUUUAACCUUUUAUGAUUAUAUAUAUUUAACUUUAAACAAGAGCAAAGAAUAUUUGAAAUCAAAAAACCAAAGUAAAAAAGUGAAAGAGAAGAAUGAAGAUGGAAGGCACUUCGUAUUAUUAAUCAUGAGGUGUACUAUAUUUUUAUUUUGUUUAUUUUUUUCUUCUUCAAAUCUUGGAGGUGUGAUUGAGCUUGGUUGGUUUUAAUUGCUGAUGUGCAUGCACAACUAACUUCCAUGUUAGUUUCUUAUCUGAUUUGUUUUAAUAUAUGUAAUUUUCAAUUUGAUUGAUUAGAGAAAUAGAAAAUAUAAUCCAAAUGUGUUUUGAUUAAUGUA